AUGAAGAUCUUUGCCAGGUUCAUCGUCCCCGCGCUGGCGAGCACUGCGUGCCUCGUGGAGGGAAAGGCAACCAGCAAGAGAACCGAAAUCGCAGCGGGGGCCGCUUCAAGUGGCCCGCUCAUGGGCGGUGACGGUGGAGCCUCGCCCGUGAGCGGGCCACUUGAAGCGGUCCCGGGUGUCAAAAGCGCAGCCAAGGAGGCCGCCCCGAUGCCGGCUGAGUCAGCGUCACCAGUGAUGCCAGCGGCUCAAGCUUCAAGCUCAAACUCAAGCUCGGAAUGCUGCGGCUCCAGCCCAAGCAGCGGCGGAAAGGCCAAGUCAGGAGAGAGCACAAAGCCCGAGGCUAGCAGCCAAAGUCCUGCAGCACCACACAUGAUGCCACCCGCGCCCAUGAUGCCAGCCGCUCACGCUCCAAGCUCAAACUCAAGCAAGCCGGCUGCCGAGGGCCCCAUGGCCGAAUCUGGCAAGAAGCCUAGCUCAUCAGAGCCCAAGCCUCCCAAGAUGGGCAGCGAGGGUUCCAUGUCGAGCGGUCACAAGUCACCCGCAAUGGAAUCUUCAACCCCAGCUAAAAUGGGCAGCGAGGGUUCCAUGUCGAGUGGCCACAAGUCGGCCCCAAUGGAAUCUUCACCCCCAUCUAAAAUGGCAGGGGAAGCGGCCAUGCCGUCAAAGUCCGAAUCUGGCUCAAAGGGCGGGUCGGGAGAGUCCAAGUGCUGCGGAGGCGGCGCCAAGAUGCCAUCGGGCGGCGAGUCGGCCAAGCCGGCCAAGAGCGAAGGAGGCAAGGCCGCCGCACCCCCGGCGACAGAGGGCCAAGCUGCACAGGGAGGCCAAGCCGUCGUCAUCAUCAUCGGCCACGGCGGGGGCGGUGCGGCUGCAGCACCGAGCUCCAACUCAUCCGAGGGCGCCAAGACACCACCUCCGGCAGCGUCCGGCAGCGGCGUGCAGAUCAUCUCACCUCCCGCCGCGGGCGGCUCCAGCAAGUCUAACGGCACGGCGGGGAUGGGCGAGGGUGACAAGAAAAAGGGCAAGAUGAUGGGCGACAAGGGCAAGAACAACGGCACGGCCAUGGUGAAACCGGGCAAGAUGGAUGGCAACAAGGGCAUGAAGAACGGCACGGCGGGCAACAAGGGCAUGAACAACGGCACGGCGACACUCAAGCCUCCAAAGUCUGUCGGGGGCGGCAACGGCACCUCGGGCGCCAAGCCGCCUUCCGGUGGUGGUGGCCUGACCGGCGCGGCUCCGAUCAGCUCCAACUCGACGACGGGCACGCCUGGCGGGGGGCUUCCGACGGCCAGCUCUGCGGACGGCAGGCUUCGGCCGUUCGGUCUUGUAUACGAAACCACGUCGUACGUGGUGGGUCUUCUUUCCGCCGUGGCUUUAGUGAGUUGUCUAUAG